GAGUGAUUUCAUGAAAUGUGAUUCGGUCGGGGCGCCUGGAGUUGUCGAAGUAACCGAUUUAAAAACUUUGUGUCUUCAAGUGUUCUUGCUGCUAAUAUCGCCUGAUGAACAAUUGCUGGCUUCCAAAAAAGGAAGAUAUGGCUUUUUAAAGCGUGGCUUCGCCUCCUUCCUCGUUCCAAGCCUUUGUGUGCUUUGCUUUCGCAACGCACUUGACAACACAGAGAACUAUGGGGUCUUCAGGUGUUCAUGUGACACUUUCAUCCAUCUUUUGCACUAUUUGUGCAGUUUCACAAUUUAAUGGCAGCAGACGAUACAAUGGCGGCAUCGAUCCUUCGCAAGAAAAUUCACCCCAUUUUCGCAGACGGGCUCCACGUUCUCCCUCUCCGACAGGCUAGCGUCAGCCAAUCGCGGCCCACGACGGGGGCGGAGCCUGUGGAAAGGCAGCAUUUAAUUGGUGAUGGUCACUCAGAUUGGAUGACGGAAAAAGUUGAUUUGUCUUCAUUCGUGUCAACUACCGAGUCGUCCCCCAGCUCAUCCCUUCCACCCUCACCGUUAGAACAAGAUGUCAAGGUGCCCUCAGACCUGGAGGUCAUGACCUCUCUAUUGCAGGAGGAGCUAGCUCAGCUGGAGGACUACUUCCGAUCAGAGUCCACUGCCACGGCCAGCAAGUUGGAAAAAUCCUCGAAAUGUGACAAAGGUGCCCAAGCAAUGGGCUCGCAGUCUUAUUACCAGUUACCCUAUAACUCUUAUGGGACCAGCCAAUCAGACACCAGCCCCGUGGUUGUUACCUUGGCAACAGGGGAACUGGACCUGGCCAGCUUCUGUGGCGGUCCCAUGGGCAGAUCCAAAAUCACGCGACCUGCUCCGUACAACUACCACCACCGGUACCACCACAACAGUGGGCGAAGAAUAAUCAGCGAGGCAGUGAAAGUCGGGGAGGAAGUUGGACUCGAUACGUGGGGCUCCAGGGGGAGCUACUCAGGAAGCACAGAGUUUUCUGUCAACCACUACUCCACGUUGAAGACGGUCAGUAAGAACAGCCUCGGUGGCAUCAAGAAGGUGAGAGAAUGUGCUUUAUCGUUGAAGGAAGAGGAGAGCUAUUGUUUUUCCGAAGGAAUGUUUUGCAGCGAAGAAAUCGCACGAAGCUUUUGCCUGGGUGGCUCGUACGACAGCCACCACAAACGAGAGGGACAGCUAAUGCACAAUGUGAAGGUUAAUGUAAGUUACGACAGCGCUGGGCUGGAGGUCCUGCACUGCAGCAAAGAUGGAGGACUGUCUGGAAGUAUUCCCCAAGAGACAAUGAUGGCUGCUGACGGCUACUUCCAUCAAUCAAUGGCCACCGCAGAGCCAUACCAUAGCUUUAUCGGUGAACUAGACCAGCCGUCGCAAUCUGUAGAGCCCCAACAUGGUCACUACCUCUAUCCAGAAUGCCUUGUGGAUCAAAGUUACGAAUGUCUGUCGAGAGGAGAGGGCGAGGGGGCGCUUCUGGGCGCUCCCAUCCACCGCCCGACUCAGAGACUAAAGGACGAGCCCUGCUCCAUUAAGUCGACGCUGGUGGUCGGUGCCGCUUCUUUGGAUUUGAACACUGGGGAGAGGAAGCAGAAGAAGAGAGACCAGAACAAAACUGCUGCUCACAGGUACAGGCUGCGGAAAAGGGCAGAGUUGGACUCUCUGGAAGAGGAGCUUCAUGGGCUGGAAGGUCAGAACAGGGAACUUCGUGACAAGGCGGAGUCAGUAGAGCGAGAGAUUCAGUAUGUGAAAGAUUUACUUAUCGAGGUCUACAAGGCUCGCAGUCAGCGGCUCAAACAAGAUGGCAGUGCCUAAAAUGCGCCCUCGCUGACCCCACUCCCACACCCAAGAACACAGACAGCUUUUGUGUCUUGUUAAAUGAACCGGUAGUUGCAUGGUUUUGGUAGCAAUUUUCUAUAAAAAUAUAUCUACUUUAAUAUUGUUCUAGAACCAGAGCGGAGGUAAAAAAAAAAAAAAUAAAUAAAUAAAACAAAGAAGUUUCCUAAAAAUGGGUGAUGAACUCUACAAAGCCUUAGUAAUGUGGCUUCCAGAGGAGAUGCUGAACUUGUCCGUGACCACUGUGAUCCUAACUGAACUCACAAGCCUUUGUGACCACUUUGAGUUUUGUGCUUGCAGUUGGAAAAAGAAAAAGAUAAUCGAAUUAGUGAAAGUGAUCGAAUUGCGUGUGGUUUUUUGCGGCAACAAAGCAGAGCCACGCGAAAUAGUAUAUAUACUUAUACAUAUAAAUACUUAUUUAUUUUAUAGUUUAUUUUUCUUUAAAUGUCCAUUUACCAUUUGCGUUAAGAUGAAUAAAGGGAUUGCUCAAAAGGUGUGUAAACAUGCUCUAGAAUUAUUCACAAUCUAAAUAAGGGGGAUUUGUAUCGCUCAAUUAUUGUGUAUUCACCCCACUGAAAUACCCAAUGCAUGUUUGAUUUUGGAAAAGCAUGUGCGAGUGUUAUUUGAAGGCAUUAUUCUGUUUACUGCAUGGCUUCCAGCUCUCCACUUCAUCAGUUCCAACUCAUCUGGUCAAGAUUCUGUUCUCUUCGCCAGUGUGAUUCAUACUCAGGUUUUGGGCACAGAGACACUGAAUACUUAAUUAAUUGUCCCACCUAAAUUCUUUACCUUCUUCUUGUCCCUUUCAUUUCAAGGCUGUAUUUUGCGAAAAACAAUCACACUACUGGGACUUCACUUAAUUGUUGAUAAUGACUGGCCAAAUUGAGGUUUUUGAGAAUUCAGGUCCUUUAAUUGAUCAAUGUCAGGAAAUGCAUCAGGUGAAUUACAGCCAAAUAAAGCAGUCAUGUAUCAUUCAUCUCUGCCUCAGACUCUUUUUUUUUUUCUUUUUUCUUUCCCACACCCUACUAGAAGACUAACCCUUAAGUUGUUUGUCUACAUGUACCUAGCAAUUAGCUUUUGACCGGGUGAGGGUGUACCCAGCAUCUUGCCCAACAUCAGCUCAGAUGAGCUCCAGAAUAAGCAAUACAGAAGAUGGGUGUAACCACAUUGAAUGACAAACCAUGUUAGGAAUAUUUGCAAAUAUGGAUGCAGAAUGAAUCCACACUUUUCCUUCCUUGUUAUCUUGGUGGCCAAAUUCCAUUAACUUGCCAGUGGGAGACAAGCAGUGGUAUUGAGGAUAACUGGAUCCUUUAUGUAUGAAUGGUCUAAUAUGAUAAAGUGCAGUAGCUGUUUAAUUAAUUUUUUUUUUUUUUUUUUUUUUUUUUUUCUGGGGCUAAGCAACAUAUGUCUCCCUAGUUGGUACUAAUGUAAAAUGAUUACUUGAGACCUGACCAAACAUAACAUCCCGGUUUUUUUGUUGUUUUUUUUUUUUGUUGCAGCGGUUGUGUAUCUCAUCUUCCAGCUACGAGUGCAUGUGCGCGUGUGUGUAAGAGUGAGUGAAGUCUCUUGGUAUCUCUCGCAGCAGUUGAAGGCCUUUCAAGUACAUGAGGCAAUAUCACACAAUACUUUCAUGAAGGGGCAAGAGAUGCAAGUUGAACCAUCAGAAUGAAAAACUGGGCUGCCAGCAAAUGACUUUAAAUGUGUUGAUUCACUCUUCUUAGCGCCUUUCAUAUAGAUGGAUUAUAUGUAUAUUUUUAAACCUCAUGCAACUAGUUCUAAUGUGACAAGUUGGUUUAGAUAAUUCAGUAUUUCGUUUUGGAAAACAUUUAUGAUUGGACAAUUAAUUGGCAAUGAAUGAAAAAGAGCUCCCACACUACACUAAAAAGUAUUGAAAAAUGCAAAAGUAUUGAGGUUGUUCUAAAAAAAAAAAAAAGUAUUAUAAAGUAUUAUUUAUUUUAUUAAUAACCGAGUUGUGCCAUUUGGGAAUUUAGUUUUGUUGAAUUGCCAAAAACAAUGCUAAAAUUCAAAGAUGUGUAUAAAAAAGAAAUGAUAGAAAAGGACCAUGUCAAAAAUGUACGUAACAAAAAAGUUAAAGAAAAAAAUAUAAAGGUGAGUUAAAUAUUUCACUGCAAAUGACAUCGAAAGACGUUAAAUCUGUUUGAACUCUGAUGGUUGGCAUUGAAUGAUCAUGUUUCAGUAUGUUGCCAGCCCUCCAAGUCAAAUUGGAUCGGUUGUUAUCGCCAUCAAUGGCAGCCAAUGAUUUAGUUAAUGAGGUAAAAAAGCUUUUACAAAUGUAGGGAGGUUAUUUAUCUGUUUCCAGUUUUAGUGUUAUAUUUAAUAACCUGCCAAAGUUACCUAUAAAAUUGGAUCAAUUUUAUUCUGUUUCAGUGACAGCGAAUGUCACAUGUGAAUAUGAAGUCAGUACCGUAGUAGCCUUCAGUUUUAGGAAGGUGGCAAAUUUAUAAUUUCAUCCAUCUCAUCCAUGUUUCCUGUGAUGUGUGGUUGUGAGAGCAAAAUGUUAGUGAAAAGGUGAUGACUCCCGACACCCAAAGUGGUUUCUCUACCACCAGAUGUCGCGCUAAGCCUAGAAAAUUUGCAUUUUACCAGCUCAAUUACUUCAUGACCCUUGAAUUUGGACUGUCCAAUCAAUUAAGCAUGCAUGAUUUUGGGAUGUGGUCGAAAACCAGAGUACCCAGAGAUAACCCAUGGAGGGAACAUGCAAGGAAGGCCAGAACACAGGACUGAACCCUCAAACUCCAAGAUGUGAGGUGCCAGGGGUGUUCAAACAUUUUUUAUCUGCACUUUCUGAAAAAAAUAAGGGAUGCAAGGGGCCAACUAGAAAUACUUUGUUUCAUUUGUAAUCUGAAAAAGAGGAUCAGAAUCAGGUUAAAAAAAAAAGAUGAUGCUUUAAAAAUGUAUUUUUAAGCGGUUUUGUUUUUGGCCGCCCUUUUAAUUUUCAUCUUAGUCUUUUGGACUAUAAUACUUAUUUGU